GUGAUGAGAUGAACCGAUCAACCGGUAGGCAUCAGUUAGAUCGGGGGGGUGAUUAGAAGAAGCCCAGAAGAGCAGAUCGGAAACGAUGAGCUUGUUUCUUGUUCUUGUUACUUUUUCCGAUCGGUUAAGGCACAAGAGAGAAAGUCAGUCCGGAAUGUCAGGGAAAAAAUCGAAGGAAGAAGAAGAAGCGAAACCGGGGAAGGGAGGCUUAGUCAGCGGUGUCCCCUUCCCUCGACUCGAGCAAGCAAAAGAAGGCUGGAAAAGCAUGAGCCUUCCGGAUGUUUCACUUGACUCGCUAGCCUCUCCUGUCAAUGACGAGGACUCUAUCAACCGAGUUAUUGAUUCAUUGAAACGACAAGCACUACAGUCGAUCACCACCAACAUGGAGUGAUUCCUUCUCUCCUCUCCCCCCCGCCCCUUUAUCUGCCAUCACUGCCACUAUUGUUCUCGCCACAACUAUUCCUCCACAGCCUGCCGCCACUGUUGCUGCGCCACUGCAAAUAGUUCGUCGUCUGUCAACAUAUCCCACGCGAUCAGUGCCAGCGACUUCCCCACAAUCACAGCCUCUUCGUGAGCCGUAUCCGUGCCCGCCGCAGCAGCAA